AUGGAAUCGACGCACGAGCCGGCCGACCCCGUUGUCAGGGGCGUAUUGGCAACGGUAAGACAAUCAUGGCAUGACUUGUUCAUCUUUAAGCAGCGAGUUGUCGUGACAAACGAGCGCGGCGAGACAAGCACCGAGUGGGCGCGCCCAGUGCCGCUACGCAACCCCAUCAGCUUGCUCGCGCAGCUGUCCGGUCGCGGUUGGCUCUUUUUCCUCGUCGGCUUCGCCGCCUGGAGCGCCGACGCCUUCGAUUUCCACGCCCUCUCCAUCCAGCAGGUCAAGCUGGCCAAGUACUAUGGCACCACCAAGACCGAAGUCUCCACCGCCAUUACCCUCACUCUGCUGUUGAGGUCGCUCGGCGCCGCCAUAUUCGGACUUGCCGGUGACAAAUGGGGUCGCAAAUGGCCCAUGGUGCUCAACAUGAUAGUGCUGGGUGUGCUGCAGAUUGCCACCAUUUACAGCAGCACCUUUUCACAGUUUCUUGCCGUGCGCGCUUUGUUCGGCUUGUUUAUGGGCGGAGUCUACGGCAACGCCAUUGCCAUGGCGCUCGAGAACAGCCCUACCGAUGCCCGUGGUCUUAUGUCCGGUAUCCUCCAACAGGGGUACUCCUUCGGCUACGUCUGCGCCGCCUGCGCGAAUCUCGGCGUUGGCGGUUCCGAUGAUAGUUGGAAGACGGUCUUUUGGAUUGCGGCCGGCAUCUCCAUCGGUGUCGGCAUCAUACGCUGCUUCUUUCCCGAGUCCAAGCAGUUUAUCGAGGCCCGUAGGGCUGGAAAGGCGCGGGCCCAUCCCUCGGCCUUCUGGAAGGAAACCAAGAUGAUGCUUGGCCAAGAGUGGAAGAUGUGCGUCUACUGCGUCAUCCUCAUGACUUGGUUCAACUUUUACAGCCACACGUCUCAAGACAGCUACACAACCUUCAUGCUCACCCAAAAGGAACUCGACAACGAUGGCGCCAGCCGCGCCAGCAUCGUCAUGAAAGUCGGCGCCUGCGUGGGCGGCACCAUUCUGGGCUACAUCUCGCAGUGGCUCGGCCGCCGCCGCACCAUUAUUUUCGCCGCCAUUAUGAGCGGCCUGAUGAUCCCCGCCUGGAUCCUGCCCGAAGGCGAGCGCGGCCUGUCUGCCUCGGGUUUCUUCCUGCAGUUCUUCGUCCAGGGUGCUUGGGGCGUCAUCCCCAUCCAUCUCAACGAGCUCUCCCCGCCGGCGUUCCGCUCUUCGUUCCCUGGCCUGACGUACCAACUCGGCAACAUGAUCUCGUCGCCGUCGGCGCAGAUUGUCAAUGCCAUCGCGGAAAGCCACCUUGUCAACACUCGGUCGGGUCGCAGGGAGGAAGCGUACGGUCCGACCAUGGGGAUUGCCACGGCGAUUAUCGCCACGGGGAUUGUGGUGACCACGGCUUUUGGGCCUGAGAAGAGGGGGAGGGAGUUUGAAAAGACGCUGCCGGCGGGUAUGAAUGUUGUGCGGCAGGGCGGAAAGAUGAACGAUAUUGAGCGGGCCGACACGAGAGAGGCGAAGCCUGUGGUUGGGAAGGUGGAGCAUAGAAGGCAGGGAUUGGAGAAGGUAUGA